AUGUCAUCAAUUGAGAAUCAAUUCUUCUUGGACGCCUCCCAACAGCCUGAGGAUUGGCUGGAUUUUGAUCAAUUCCUUGAUCUUUCGCCGAGUUAUAGCGAUGAAUAUUCCGCCUCGGCUAACUCUAUUUCCGCGAACAUGGCCCUCCCCUACGAUGCGGACCUGUUCACGAAUGAUUUGCCAGAGCUCAGUCCAGCUGGGUUCCCUGACAUGACGAACUACGAUCUAUCCCCUAAUGACUUCUUUGCUGAGCAGUCUCUAAACCUGGGCCUGAUGCAUGACUCGGCUCCAGUUUUUGACGAGGCUACGUUCAAUAGCUACCACCCAUACGACAGCACUUUGGACUUCCGACCGCUUGUCGAGGCACAGGCUGCGGCUGACACUCGUGUGGUUUCAAUCAAAGAGAAGCGCCGUGAGGCCGCAAUCGCAUUGCACCUGCAAAGACUGUGUGAUACCACCGCUCUGGACUUGGACAUAUCUUCCGACUCCAAUACCAGCUUCUCAUCACCAUGCUGGUCGGAUUACAUGCGAGAGAGCAUUUCCCCGCGAUCUUCCAGCUCCAGCCCAGAGCAAGUUUCUGCUCCCCUCCCUUCUGGAAAUGGAGGUAUGGAGCUGGUCCUUGACCUGAACAUGAAUGCUACCACCAACGUCCCCAAAAAGCAGAAGCCUCGCUCUCAAGCACAGAAAGAGAACUACAUCAAGGCUCGAAAGUAUGGAGCUUGCGAGAAACAUAAGAAACAGCAUAAGAGAUGCAACUGUCUGGAGAAGGCUGCGGCUGCGGCUGCCGCCCGCUGUGGUGCUAGUGAGGUCCCCGUUGAUGUCUCCUACAAAGAUCGGAUACAACAACCAGUGGUCAAGAUGCCAGUUGUCCCAUCGCCACGCCUUUCUGGUGUUCCUGGACAUCGCCCAGAACUCAUAACGAACGCUCGACCUACGAUCACCGUGACUGAGAGGGUCCCGAGCACUUCGCCGGUGGUUCAUCCGCCCACGAUUCGCAUAGAGCCGUCGAUUUUGCAAUCCUCCGCAAGGAUGAGAACCAAGGUUACUCGCGGAGGCCUUGGUCACGACCCACAGUACAGUACAAGCUUUGUACUGUCGCCGGUCAUCGAGACCAGCAAAAACCAACGUUCAUUUGGCCACGAUCCAGGUCUUCAUGUAUCUGGAACGACGGUAUCCCAACAAAGCGGCAAGGGUACCAGCGUACCUACCUGGCGUGGAUGUGCCCUGGGAGCUACCUCGAGCAACAAACCUUCCGAUGCCUUCAUUCGCCACGUUCAUCCAGCGCCUCGUUUGGAGCGGAGUGUUUCGACAUGCGACCCUCGAACUCCCGAGAGACACCCUCAAGGUGGUCUCGGUACUGGAAGACCGUCAGGGUUUAUAUCUCAACGACAAGGUCAUCAUGCUCUACGCCCCGUCGCGCCAAGCGAAGGUACCGUUGUUAAACCAGCGCCGAUCACUAGGCGUAGGACUAUUAUCAGCGUUGGGGCUGAGCAACCUGUCACGAACGGCAGCCUGCAAGUCUACCAGUCGAGAAGCCAGGUGGUUUCGAGUACUGUGAAGAUGAGGUCGACUUCGAUGAAUCAAACUCCGUCAGUUUCGAUCUCAUCUCAGACGCGCUACGCUCUGCAGACCAGAAGCGAUCGUGCGAGCAGAUCCGAGCAGAACCGCUCCGGUCAGCCGGACGCUUACAAGAAUCAAAAUAUACAGCCGAAGGUUACUCUUCCAACAAGAGUGGUCCUCAGCUCCGCUUAUGGCGACGGUUCACUCCAAAUCCAUCGCUCUGCACCUUCCAGGGAUAUUCGUGUCCACGGCCAGACCGUGGACAGCACUCGUCGCCAAGGCGAAAUGAUCCAAACCGUCAUAUCCCGUGCUAUUCAAGCCUCCGCAGGGAUGCUUUGCACAUUGGCUGGUUACUGGUCGUCAUCGCCGGAGCGGCUGAUAUCUAGUAUUGUUUCCUCCACAGGGAACUCUCUUGCUUCUGCUAAGCGGUUCUUUUCUUUCGAGCAAGCUCGAAGUUUCUCAAAGGCAGUAUCCGGUGAGGAUCUACCAAUGAGACACAUUUCUGUUAGUUUUCUGCACAGCUGA